AUUGAAUUUUAAUUGUAAGAAUGAAAAUUUGGAGCAGGCUACUGUAUAUAUAGAAACAUUAUUACCGCUAAGUGCAAAAAAAUUAGACUCAUUUACUACAAGUGCUUCAUAUGAAUUUGAGGCAAGACCUGGAUUUCUUUCUUUAGUAUUUAAAGAAAUUGAAAGAGAUAAAGUUGAAAAUGGGAUUGAUAAUUGGGGAUUAA